AUGGACUGGGAUCCACAGAGAUCACAGCCGCUGACAUGGCAGUACACUGCUAGCUCCGUUCUCAAAUACAACGUGCGUUUUCUGAAUAUAUCUGGUCUGUGGCCACUGCAAGGCUUGCAACUAUUUCGCAUCUUUAUUGCCACCAUAGUCACACUGUGCAUGGGUCACAUUGCCGAAGCCGGCAUCAACCUUUGCACACUGCGAGGGGAGCUGGAAGACUACACACUGGCGCUGUCCAACGUGUCGGUGAUAAUCGUCGGCGUGCUCAAGGUGGCGAUCUUCCUCCGUAACGAGGGCAGUUUCUGUUUCCUGGUGCGCUGGUUGGACGCGCUGGUGGAGCGCCAGCCAGAGUACGUGCGGGACCAGCCGUCGCGCGAGGCAAUCUUCAGGAAAGCUCGGCAACGCGCCAGUCGUAUCUCCAAAGGUCUGGACGCGUACAACCUGUCCCUGCUCAGCCUGUGGACCGUUGCACCACUGAUCGCUUCCUCUGGCGACAAGAGGCUGCCCUUCCAGCAGCUGCCCAUGGCGAAUACGACAACCUUCCCACUGUACGAACUGUCCUACGCCUUACAGGGCAGCUCUGUGAUAAUCAUUUGUUUAAUCAACGUGCAUUUGGACUGCUUCUUUACAGCAGUUAUGAUACUCAUCGGAGCUCAGUUGAAACUAGUGGCCUCGCGAAUCGCUGAUUUGCAUCCGCGAAACGUAGCAAUGAAGAAUGAUUCGAUGAUUGAUGACACCUACAAGGAUUUAUGUCUCUGUAUCCAGACUCACCAGGAUAUCACAAGGUUCAUUAAACACCUAGAAAUGGUGAUGAAUCCCAUCGCACUGCUGCAACUGGCUCUCGGGGUGUUCAACGGCUGUAUGCUCAUUUUCCCGGCAGCGUAUGUAAGUAAAUUUGUGUUAGAAUUGUAUGCGAGUUUACCACUUAACCUGACACUAACAGCCUUUCCUCCUUCAAAGUCUGUACAGACCGGUAUCAGGCUCAACCUGAAAGCUGUUAGACUAGCAGACCUGAUGGCGUUUACUGCUCCAACAUACAAAUAUAAUAUAGCAUAG